GUACAGGUUUGGCUGCUCCAACUGCCUGAUAGCAUGACAUCCUACACGGAUAAAGGGGAGAAGCACGAGAGGGGCCGCUUGCUGAGCUUCCACCAUCUUACCUUCUGGGUGGGAAAUGCCAAACAGGCGGCGUCAUACUAUUGUGACAAGUUGGGGUUCGAGCAUUUUGCUUAUAAAGGAUUGGAAACGGGAAGCAGGGAGGUGGUGUCUCACGCCAUUAAACAGGAUAAGAUUGUAUUUGUCUUCCAGUCUCCUCUAAAUCCUGGAAAUGAAGAGAUGGGGCAGCACAUUAUCAAACAUGGUGAUGGGGUGAAGGAUGUCGCUUUCCAGGUGGAAGACUGUGACUUUUUAUUCCAGAAAGCCAAAGAGCGGGGAGCUGUUAUUGUGAGAGAGCCUUGGAUUGAGGAAGAUGAAGGUGGCAAGGUGAAAUAUACCGUCCUACAAACUUAUGGCGAUACUACACAUACUCUGGUGGAAUACCUGGGGCCAUAUCGGGGUGUAUUCCUACCAGGCUAUAAAGAGCCGCUGUUCAGAGAUCCUAUUUUAUCUACACUGCCAUCAGCCUGCCUCAGCUUCAUUGACCACAUUGUUGGGAACCAGCCAGAUAAUGAUAUGGUGCCUAUCGUAGAGUGGUAUCAGAGGUGCCUGCUGUUCCACAGAUUCUGGUCGGUUGAUGACAAGCAGAUACACACUGAAUACAGCUCACUGAGAUCCAUCGUGGUGACAAACUACGAGGAAACCAUUAAAAUGCCCAUAAAUGAACCAGCUGCUGGAAAGAAAAAAUCUCAAAUACAGGAAUACGUUGACUAUUACGGCAGCGCUGGAGUACAGCACAUUGCUCUAAACACCUCCAACAUCAUUAAAGCAGUGAAAAAUCUGAAAUCUCGUGGCCUAGAGUUUCUUUGCGCCCCUGAUACUUAUUAUGAAGAACUAAGGAAAAAACUGAAAACCGCCAAGAUUACUGUCAAGGAAGAUCUCAAUGUACUACAGGAACUAAGAAUCCUGGUUGAUUACGAUGAUAAGGGUUACCUUCUCCAGAUUUUCACCAAACCAAUGCAGGACAGGCCAACCCUUUUCCUGGAGGUUAUUCAGCGAUACAACCAUUUUGGUUUCGGAGCUGGUAAUUUCAAGUCAUUGUUUGAGGCCAUUGAGACCGAUCAAGAUGCCAGAGGAAAUCUGACUGUCUAUACAGCCAAUGGAGAACAUCAAGUUUUAUAAUGAUAAAAUUCAUUUAGACCUAGUUAUAGGGAUGAACCAACCAAGUAGCAGAUCAUAUGAGGUGGAUCAUGGCAAAAGGCAGAAGCAUCAAUAAAGUUCUGGGUAAUAUAA